UUCCUCCUUCAUUGCGCCGUAGGUGUUUGCUGGUUUCACUGUUCACCCAUUUCCUUCGACGUAUAUAGCAAUGACGACGCCAACAAAAGUCAUCGUUACUGAGACACGGUCCAGCUACAUCAGCGGUCUCAACCGGGGACCGAUCACCAGUGUCUUCGCCCCGGCGCCUUCAUGUACACAGACUCUACGACUUACGGCAGACGGUACUAAUUCUUGGCUGUAUUCUGGACACGCCUAUCAGGAAUACUAUCAAUCGGGAUGUAUGCCUACGGGCACCAAAGUAGAAGCUGCUUUGUCCGACAAAGAAGAAUGGGACAGCUAUUAUUAUAGUCCGGCAAUAUGUCCACAGUCCUGGGCGCCCGUCACGACUUUUACGUCAACAUGGUUCGGUAUUGAUGAUGCUAAAGUCAUCCCAUUGCGCCCGGACACAACAGCCGUACUGUGCUGCCCUCCCGGGUACAGCAAGGGUAUAUGGGCUUAUGCUUGCGCAUCCUUUCUCGCAGAGGAUACCAGUUUGUCUUACAUUGUUCCAUCCUCGGUCAACGGCAAAUGGGAAGCGGGAGAUGUGUCCGUCGGAUCGUUUCCAAAGGGCUACCCCGUGCAAGGCGAUGGAGUUCCCGUAUGGUACCAGAGCUCAGACAGCCAGGUGCUAGCAGCUGCUGCCACCCGGACCGCCGGUGAAAGCUCCAGCCUAGCUUCGCGAAUGAGUUCAGCAAGCACGGCGCAAACCCCGACAUCCACGCCACCACCGACAGGCUCGCCUGCUGUUCAGCCCGAAUCGACUUCUAGUUCAGGAGGACUAUCAACGGGCGCAAAAAUUGGUCUGGGUGUCGGCAUUCCGGUGGCAAUCAUAUUUGGCCUAGUUCUAGGAUGGCUCAUCUUCCGGCGGCGAAAGGCGAAGGCUGUGCCAGCUGGAACGCACGAAAUGUCAGAAUCGGAACAGCACCCAUAUCACGGUGCGUACUCGCCAGAAGAUGCUAGAUCGAAGACGUAUUACGCGCACACGAGUGAACUGGAUGGUCAACUACAUGAAAUGCCUGAUCACCAUGACAGGCCACAAGAGCUACCAGCGGAGUCGCGCUCAGAGCUGCGAUGAAUUGAAAAGGGCCUUAGAUGAGCCAGAAUACGGCGUAUUGGUUGUUGAUCAUAGGUCUCUUGAAGCAUAGCGAUGCAUUGUCGAUGUUAAAUCUCAUCUGCUGCAGCACCUGCGACAAAAAGGACGGGGCAGCCUAUACCUGUCGACAGACUGGGCAUGUCCGUUAGGUCGGCAUGCGUCAGUUUCAUUAUGCGUUGUCAGGCUCGAAUCUCUAGUCGAGCGCGGAAGAUUUUUGUGGAUUGUAGUCAGAGUUGUGAGUUGUGUAAACGUCAGAUACCCGGGGAUCAUCUCCUCAUUUCAAAGCGCCAAUUUUCGCCGCAGAUGAAUCAUAUCUAUCUCCCUUCAACCCUGA